CGAAUCUGCAGUUUCGUUAUCCGAUCGACUUAAUUAUAUUCGCUCCGCGAGACCUUUUGGACCAAUGGUUCUGUUAUCGACGUAUCGUUAAAUGUUUCCGAUGUCCCUAUUCGAUAUCUCGACUCGCCCUGUUUCGAAAUGCUUUUCUUUUCAAUUUGAAUAUCUACGCUACCUACGGAGCAUAGGCGCGUUCGAUUUAAACUGCGCGGCAAUUUUCAAACUCGUCGAGAAACAACGCACCCUGGCGUCAACGGUCGAAAUCCGUUAGAACGCUGUCCAAAAACAAUCCGGCGUCGUCUAGUGUCCUCUAAUCGUAUCAUAACAAAACGCGGGAGAAGCAAGGAAUCACCGCUUUGUUUAGUUCAUCGUAGGUAAUCGUUCGAGUUUCCUCGUGAAUUUUCCAGUAUUACAACGUGCAGCAUUGAAAAUGUCUGCCUCGAAUUCAUUGGAUGUAAAGCAUUGGACGGAUUUACCCGAGUCAAUCGAUUCGACUUUCGUUUCGAUCCCCGGGGACUACGAUUAUCCGCACUACAUUUCUGAGAAGGGAGAAUGGGUCCAUAAAAGAAACUUCAAAGGUAGAAUGUAUGUAACCGAACCUUUCUUGAUCAGGGAAUUGAACAGAUUCGUACCUUACUUGGAUAACAAUUAUGUGAGAUUUCACAUUUUGAAUAUGCCGGGUAUCAUAAUAGGUAGAAUUGAAAUAAUGGGAUUUGUCGUUGCUGUCGCCGAAGACGUUAGAUUUCACAAAUAUCAAGUUGACGAUGGAACGGGUACGAUUACUAUUUAUUACGAUAAGAAAAAGUUUGCAAAUGAUAAUAUGAAAAGAAAGACGAUCGACGAAAAAUACAUGGCUUAUGCGUCGCAGGGAAAUUUUGAAGCUUUUAAGGGGAAAGAAUUUCCAAAAUCUUUUCCCGAUCCUCGUCCAAAUUUUAAUUAUCCUCAACAUACCAGUAUCCGUAAUAAGGCAAUUUUAGAACAUAACUGGUCGUUAGAGACAAAAAAUGGUUUGUUGGGCAAAUACAUACGCCGUCGCGAUUAUGUCCACGCGGUAGGCUAUUGUAACAUGGACUUUAUGUUCCGUAAAAAACCAACAGAUGAAAUAACUUUGAAAGACUUGUCUCUUUCGAAAAUAACCUUUUUUGCAAUGAAUGUAUCCUGCAUAACUGAACAUGCGUACAAUGCCAAACUGUUUAUGUGGAUCAACAAAUUCGUACGGAUCAGAUACGACGAGGAUCCGAAUAAACCGGAACUCGUUCCAGAUUAUAAGUCCUGGCUCAAAAACGAAGACGAAGACCAAGACGAAGACGAAGACGAAGACGAAUAAAUCGCAACACGUAUCGAAAAGUUUUUAUUUAGAAAUAAACAGUUAAGCAUUUAGUAUA